UACAUAUUUUUUUUUUUAUUUUCUGAAUACAUGUUAAAAGAAGAGAGUGAGAAGGAACAGUCUGCAAACACUGUUCACAAACACAACAGAACAAAGAUGUAUGGUAUAGUGUGAUCUGUACAUGUCUAAAAUGUUCACACUUUUCACGACGGAAUGUUUUGAUGCUUUCUUUCCAUAAUUCUAUCUAUUUUAUUCAUUUCAUUUUUAUAUUAAAUAUAAAUAGGUUAGGGAGUUGUAGAUUUUUUUAUUUAGCACAAACUCACUGAAGUGGCUUACACAGAGGUAAUAAAAUUCUUCCAGUCAUAAAUUUCAAGUUUUUUGUGUAAUCUUUGGCUGAAAGGACUUCUACAAUUUCUACAUUUUUCUCCUUUAAAUAAGUCAUCCUUCUUAUUCAAUCUUUAUUUACACAUUUAAAACUUUACUCACUUUUGUUUACCACAUCAACAUCAAGGUUGAAAGUGGUCUUUGCUGCUUAUAUUUUCGGUAAUCGGUAACUGUAGCUUUAUUGUCGGUAAAUUGUCGGUAAUUGUAGCUAUAUUGUCGGUAAAUUGUCGGUAACUGUAGCUUUAUUUCCGGUAUGUUGUUGGGUAUGUUGCUUUUUAAAAGGAAUUGCUUGAUGUGGAAUAGACGUAAAAGUUUAUUUUUACUACGUGGACAUUUACCAGGCUUUUCUACUCCCAGGCUUUUUCGUUAUAGCUGUUUUCACAAGCUGACCGACAAAUUUUAUUGCAAUGCCAAAAUAUAAGAAGCAUGAGACUAUACAUUGUGCAAAUCUCAAUGACGAACGUGACAAUUUUUUUCCCUCUUAAAACUAUUCUUUCAUUAGGUAAGACUUGUGUUGAAAGAUGAAAUACAGUUAAAAUCCUGUGUUUCUUCCUUUAAUAGAGAAUCAUGCACUCCAUUAGGCUUUGUAACAUCAGAGAAUGAAAAGUUAUAAGUUGACUGUCAUUAUUCACUGUGAUAUUUCUUGUAAUUUUAGUCAUAACAAAUACACAAUGUACCAGCUUCAGAUUCUUUUUUUGUUGUAUAUGUUCAACACUUGUUUAACUUACACGUUUGUAAACCGUGCUGCGUCUUACAUACAGUACGAGCACUGGGACGCCUCUGACACUGGUGUGGUAAAGUUUAAAUUCAAAACAUAUAAUCAUUACGGACUACUGCUGUACAGUGACAACAGCAAGUCGUCGAACUCUGUAGAAAGCUUCAUUGUUGUCAAGUUAAAUAGUGGAAAAUUAUCUCUUACCGUCCAGAUGGGCGCGGAAGAUUAUAAAUCAAAGAAGUCGGGCCAAAUUGGAAAAAAUCUGCAUGAUUUAAAAUGGCACCAUGUUGAGAUUCACAGAACGGGAAGAGAAACAAAGUUGGUUUUAGAUAAGGAUGACGAGGUCAUGUUGAUUAAUGAUGGAGAACAUGAUAAAUUGGAACUUAAUUCAGGCGUAUUUUUUGGCGGCAUUUCAAAACAAAUGGCGGCGGAUGUGGUGGACAAAAGAGUGAGGGCGUUGCCAAGCAGGUUUAUUGGUUGUAUAGAAGACAUUAGAUUUAAAUCUGGUUCAGCAGAUGCGUUUGGUAAAAAUAAAAUUGAGGCAUCAGAUGGCGUACAGAAUGGUUGUCUAGACGCUUGCAAAAACAAAGUAUGCCCGAAUCAAGGAAAAUGUGUAAACCGGUUUACAACAGCAAAGUGCAAUUGCAUCGGAACUGGCUAUCACGGAAAAAACUGUACCCAAGAGUCAGACUCGCUGCACUUCAAGGGGAAAGAAUAUGUCAGCAUAAGUGUGGCUGGACCGUUAACCUCAACAUUUCAAAACGAUAUUAAGCUACGUUUUAAAACCACGCACCCUGACGGCGUCAUAUUUGCAGCAAAGAGUGGGAAAGAUCAUUUCAUGAUUGAACUUCAUUCCACAACAAUCAGAUUGAGCAUGAAUUUAGGAGGAGGAGUCUACACUAUGAAGGUGAAUAAUAUUGACUUCAGUGAUGGAGAUUGGCAUUUGAUUGAGUUUCUUCGUAAAGGGAGGCAGUUGGAUUUAAUCGUUGAUAGGAAAUACACAACAAAAGCGAACACACCCGGUGCUUUUCGAAAGUUUGAUCUGCGUGAUGUUUUGUACAUGGGUGGUCAUCCAAAAGUUGAAACUUUAAAUACCGUCAACUCGAAAAGCCUAAAGAAUUUUAACGGGUGUCUACAACAUGUUUUUUACAAUGGUCUCGACAUAGUGUAUAAAGCCACUCGAACAAAAAGUAAUCGAUUUAAAUUAUUCGGUAAAGUGAAGAUUGGAUGCCCAGUGAAGAAACUUAAAAACAAAAAUACUCGCGGAAAUCCAGAUCCGGCUGUCAGUAUCAGUGGUCCGAUUGAUCCCAAUAACAAUCCGAAAAAUACAAAUAUACCAGUCGUUGCAAAUUCUGAAAAAAUGUCUAGAGAUAAUUCGACAUUGAGUAAAAAGACGGUCAUCUGGAUAGCUGUCGGGUUGAUUGUUGGAUUUAUUGUGCUAAUAGUGACACUUGCUAUAAUUGUCCACAAUGUUCGGAAUAGAUACAGUGGCGUAUUCUUGUCUUCGAAUUAUAAAGAAAGCAACGGUUUUUCUCGCAAAAAGCGGAUAUCAGAGACCGUAAUCUACACGCCACGUAAUGGACACCCUAAAAUAGAACCACAUAUACUGUGAUGAUAUUAGCGGAAGGUAGUUAUCAUUUCACAAGAUUGUAACGAAAGAAGCACGAGAAUCGCUGUAAGAUAUCCAGUGAAGGUCAUAAAUGACAGUUUAGUUAGUACCGCCUACAGUUAAAUAAUUUAUACACUCAAAGGAAGUGUGACCACAACCAUUGCUCAUACUGAGCGAAUAAAGCAUACGGUGGAAAAAUAACAGCAUGUCUGUUGUGCAGUACUAACUGACGUGUUUACGAAAAACGAAACUACGAACCCUUGUGUUCUAGCAUGUUUGUACACAUCCUCGUCCCCAGAGCUCUUUGAGAUUAAAACCGAGUUUAUCUCAAAGAGCUCUAGGGUCGAGAGUGGUUUGAACAUUGAUUUUUUAUUCAAAACCGUUCAAAAACUUUAGAAUACUUACUUCUAAGUUCAUAAACAUAAUAUGAUAAAUAUACUAAUAAGAAAUUUUCGCAA